AUGAGAUCUAUUCCUUCCAAAACUUUGCCAAAACCCGCGGCAACAGCUUCUCCUUCUGUUAUGCUCAGAAGAACUGGGCUACUUGAUAAGUCGGACGGGGGUCGUGUGUUAUCUUCCCCGCGUUCUCUUCGACUAGCUGCUCCAAAAUCAGUAGUUGCUCAACAGAUUCUCAGAAGAUCAGAACCUAGGACUCAGACUCCUAGAAGACCAAGACUGGUCAAUGCAAGUCCAGUGAAUCAAACAGCAGCUGUGAAAAAAACUCCUCCUAAACCGAAAACCAUCACAAUCAUUGACGACGAAGCUAAAGAGAAGCUUUUUUUGGCAAAUGAGCAGUUGGAUGCUACUAAAGAAGAACUCCAAGCAACUCUCUUAGAAUUGAACGAAAUGAGAGAGUCUUUGGACAACAUUAGGGAGCAAUAUGAUAGCAUGGUUGAAGUCAAAAAAGUUUUAGAAGAGAAAAAUGCGGAACAGGCUAAGGAACUUACCGAAAUCACCAAUGAGCUCAUUGAGAGACGUCGCAAGAGUACUAGUCGCUUGAUGUUGGGAAAUUUACAGAACAACGAGCAUUUAAUUGAAGAAAUAGAUGUGCAAGAUGAGAACUUGGAAAACAUAAUGCUUCUCCAAGCUCAAAAGAAGAACUCUGCUCUCAAUGAAGAACUCGUUGCGACGAAAAAGGAGUUUUUGAAGUGUAAGGAAGAGCAUAAAUCAUUGAUGAAGGAUAUGCUGUUGGUUGUGCGUGUCGCUCAGGCACAGAAAGAAGAGGCUCAAGCUGAAUUGGCGAGAAUACAACAGAAAUCAAAAACAAACGCUGAAUGUGAUGAGGAUGUUUGGACGAAUCUAAUGAAACGAUUCCAAAGCUCAUCACGCAGAAAUUCAUUGUUGACAUGGGUACAAGAAGUUUUAAUGGCUUAUCAGCCUCUAUCUGUUACGAAUUUCAGCAGUGAUUGGGAGGACGGUAAACUAUUCUGCGCUCUAAUACAUCAUUGUCGGCCAGACCUGCUGAAUCGCAUGGAUCUUCAAGGAGACUGUGAAGAUCUGGCUGUGAGUCUCGCCGAAACUCUCGAUGUUAAAGCCAUCACUCCUACGCUUUUCCAUAGUUCAGUACCUGAAUGGAGACAAGUAAUGAUAGCAGUUUUCCAACUUUACAAAAUAUCUCAAACCUUAGAGCAUUAG